CACCGGUUGAUGGAGUUCAGGACAUGGUCGGUUCAAUCUUCAAUGUUCUUCCACGUCGGUUUCGUCUGAGCGCAGGGUCCUCUUUCUUAGAGACACUCGAGUGGAGCCAGAAAAACACUCUCGAGGACAAGUCACACCAGUUCUGCUCACUCGUGGACCUUGAGGAUCUAUUGCUACCAGGAAACCAGAAUCAACCACUGUUCAAUACAUGUUUUUCAGUGGAGAGCGCAUUGUCCAAUGGUACAGGAAAGCUUUCCUUUCGACCGAUAGAGACGCAUGAAGAGACACAUGUAUGUACAUGGGCCAUAGAACUUUUAGCAGACAAUGCUGACGUGGCUGGCUUAGAACGAUAUACUUGUUGUUGUGACCGCUCAGCCGGACAAGACUGAAGUUCAACUUAUGUACUGGUCGCAUCUGAUGAAAGAAGAACAAGCCAUGGAAGUUACUGAGCUGCUUCGAAAAUAUUUACUAACGAUUGUGGAAAACACUCAUCUGCAAAUAUCUGACCGUUCCACCCCGCACAAUUCCAUCAGUUCAGCUAGUAGCUGAGCAUUGUCAUUGUGAAAAAGAAGUAUUGUUCUGCAUAAGCAAAUACAUAUAUUUCCUCAAAGCUUACAUUUACGCAAGCUAUUCCUCCAAGACUAAGAUAGUACAAGCCAUUCAUGAU